AUGGUCUACGACCCUGAUGAUGCUACAGGCGAGUAUAUCAAAAUCAGUGAAUCCACUGCAAUUAAAAGCUUGAAAAGAUUUUGUCGAGCUAUCGUAGAGAUUUUCAUUGAGUUAUAUCUUAGAUCACCUAAUGCUAAUGAUAUUGUAAGACUCUUUCACAUUAGAGAACAAUGUAGCUUUCUAGUAAUGUUAGGAAAUUGGACUGUAUGCAUUGGAAGUGGAAAAAUUGUCCCACAGCAUAUGAUGGGCAAUAUAGAGGAAGGCACCAACAAUGACAUAAAUGUUUUGGAGUCUUCUAAUUUGCUCUCCAACCUAGUACAAGGUAUUACUCCUCCUGCUCAUUACAUCAUUCAAGGAAAUGAGCACCAUAUGAAAUAUUAUUUUGCUGAUAACAUAUAUCCAAAAUGGUCUACUAUUGUACAAACUAUGCAUCAACCACGAACUCCGAAGAAAAAAUAUUUUGCAAUGAGACAAGAGACAUGCAGAAAAGACAUCGAGAGGGCAUUUGGUGUCCUACAAUCUCGUUUUGCAAUUGUGGCAGGACCAAUACGGUUUUAG